AUGCCGAUCACCACCCGGAGUAACAAAACGUUGUCACUCAAACAGUUGACGACGGUUUUCAAGCAGGUGAAAGCGUCAAUGCAGGACAUUUUUAACUUUUCGGCUGAUUUGGAAAAGAGCUGUACGAUUGCUGAUGUUGAAGUAAGAUUGGGUGCUUUAGAUGAGCUGUGGGUAGACUUCAAUGAGACUCUGGUUGAGAUUCAAUCUCAUGGAGAGUACGUGGCCACGGAAGACGCAACUUAUGAAGCUGACCGUGCGAAGUUCAGUGAGAGUUACUUUCUCAACAAAUCUCGUUUAAUCACCAAAUCGAGAGAACUUCAAGCUCCUCCUGCGGUUCUGGAACAGACCAUCCGGUCUGAGGAAACUUCGCAUGGGCUCAACGAUCACAUUCGGCUACCGCAGAUUAAGUUGCAGAAGUUCACCGGAAUAAUUGAGGAAUGGCUCAGCUUUAGAGAUCUGUUUGUAUCGCUCAUUCAUUCAAAGGCCGAACUCUCAGACGUCGAAAAGUUUUACUACCUGAGGGGUUGCCUUGAUGGAAAACCGGCUGGCUUGAUCGAUCAUCUGAAGAUCACUGCAGAAAGCUACACUGUGGCCUGGACUAUUCUGCUGAAUGAGUACGACAACGAUAAGCUUCUGAAGAAGCGGCAGAUUCAAUCGCUAUUUGAACUACCUGUAAUCACCGAGGAAUCUUCUUCAGACUUGCACACUCUCGUGGAUGGAUUCGUGAGAAUUGUACAAACAUUGGAUCGUGUUUUGGAGGAAGCGAACUUCAAGGACUUGCUACUGGUCAACAUCUUAUCAUCUCGGCUUGACUCGAUUACUCGUCGAGCUUGGGAAGAGUAUUCAGCUAAGGAUAAUGAUACUUUGAAGGACAUGACGGACUUUCUCCAGACGCGUAUUAGAAUUCUCGAAUCGCUACCCAAGAAGAAGGCAGACAGCAAGGUUGUUAGACAGAACCAAGUCCGGUCGAAACCAGCGGUGGUGAAGGCUAGUUACAACACUGCACAGGAGUCUGGAGGGCCUUGUUGUGCAUGUUCUGGAACGCACUUUCUACACCAGUGCAAAUCGUUUCAACAAAGGACGGUGUCAGACAGAGAGGCACUACUCCGAACCAAUUCGUUAUGUCGAAACUGUUUGAAAUCCGGCCACUUGGCAAAGGACUGCUCGUCGAGAUUCUCGUGUCGAAACUGCAACAAGCGACAUCACACGCUGUUGUGUUUCAAAUCGGGGAAGGAUAAAGGUUCUGCCCAAUACAAGCGAGACAACUCUAAGGCAGCUACGGACGAAUCUCAAGCAUCAGGACAUUCCAGCUCGAGCACGUCAAAUCAAGUCACUCCCGAGAUAACAGUUUCGAACUCAGCUCAGCUGUUUUCAACUCAGGUCCUGUUAGCAACUGCAAUUGUCAUCAUCGAGGACGAUGAAGGCAACCGACUUCCGGCACGAGCCCUCUUGGACUCCGGAUCAGAAAGCAAUUUCAUCUCGGAGCAUCUGAGCCAAAGGCUUCGCGUACGACGGAAUAAGGUGGACAUUUCCGUUUCGGGCAUUGGAAGAUCGGUAUCCAAGGUCAAACAGCAGAUUCGAGCUACGCUGUGCUCACGUGUCUCCAACUUCUCACGAGACAUGCGGUUUCUGGUACUACCCAAGGUGACGGUUAGCUUACCAACUUCAAACAUCAACACUGCCGGUUGGACCAUUCCCGACAACGUGGUCCUGGCCGACCCAACCUUCUCUGUCUCCAAGGGCGUAGACAUGGUGUUGGGCAUUGAAAGUUUCUUCGAUUUCUUCGAAACUGGUCGUAAGAUUUCAUUGGGCGAGGAACUACCAGCACUCAACGAAUCAGUUUUCGGUUGGGUAGUCUGCGGAGGAAUUGCAGACUCAGGAGAAUCUAUUCGCAUCACAUGCAACGUGUCGGCGAGGGAUAAACUAGAAGCUUUGGUGACUCGGUUUUGGUCCUGCGAGGAGGUUGAGUCAGGCAGCAGUUUUUCGCCGGAGGAAGCACGUUGCGAAGCUCUUUUCGCGCAAACGGUUCAGCGCGGAGCUGACGGUCGCUACUCGGUGGCUUUACCGAAGAACGAGGCCAUUCUCUCGAAGCUCGGCGAGUCGAGGAACAUCGCACUCAGACGCCUUCACGGUACGGAGCGAAGGCUGGCGCGGGACGCGCAUCUUCAGGAUCAAUACACGGAAUUUAUGGACGAAUAUCUGCGCCUGGGGCAUAUGCACAAGGUUGAGGAAACUGAUGCAGUCAAGCGGUGCUAUCUCCCACACCAUCCAGUAGUCAGGGAAGCCAGCACGACCACCAAGGUUCGCGUGGUAUUUGACGCAAGUUGCAAAACAUCGUCAGGAGUUUCCCUAAACGAUGCGCUGUUAUGCGGUCCAGUCAUACAGCAAGAUUUACGGUCGCUGAUCUACCGCUGCCGUAUCAAGCAGAUUAUGCUGGUGUCGGACGUCGAGAAGAUGUUCCGACAAAUUGGAAUCACCCCGGAAGAUCGAGCUCUACAGUGCGUACUCUGGCGACCAACGCCGUCCGCUGAGGUGUGCACGUAUGAACUGAAUACGGUUACGUAUGGAACGAAAUCGGCACCGUUUCUUGCCACUCGCGCUCUGAAACAGUUGGCAAUGGAUGAAAAGCAUCGUUUUCCCCUAGCGGCAAAGGCAAUAAGCGAGGACGUCUACAUGGAUGACGUCAUAACCGGGAUGGACGAUGAGGACGCAGCACACAAUCUGAGAAUUCAGCUGGACGAAAUGAUGAUCAGCGGGGGAUUUCGGCUCAGAAAGUGGGCGUGCAACCGUGCAGAGGUCUUGCGCGGUGUUGCUGAGGAGAAUUUGGCCAUUCCACUUCCAGAAGGAAUCAACCUGGACAAGGAAUCGUCCGUAAAAACAUUGGGUUUAACUUGGAUCCCUAACACGGAUGAGUUCAAGGUACAGUUCGACAUAACACCAACUGUUGCCGAGGACGAACUCUGCAAACGUGUCGUUUUAUCAAAGGCUGCAUCUCUUUUCGACCCGCACGGCUGGUUUGGGGCAACAAUCACAACAGCGAAGAUCUUUCUCCAGCAGUUGUGGACACUGGUAGAUGCUGAAGGAAAGCGAUUAGAUUGGGACACCCCGUUACCACCCACGGUGGGUGAGAAUUGGAGGAAGUAUGAGGAACAACUUCCAGUGCUCAAUUCAAUUCGUUUUGCUCGUUGUGUGGUCAUUCCAAAUGCGGAAAAGGUGGAGUUACAUUGCUUUUCGGAUGCAUCAAAGAAAGCGUACGGAGGUUGUGUUUAUGUACGAAGCGAAAAUGCAGCUGGCGACGUCAUGGUACGACUGGUGGCUUCCAAAUCCAGAGUGGCGCCGCUGAAGGUACAAACGAUUCCACGGCUGGAGCUGUGUGGCGCGACGCUGGUAGCCCAACUCUUCAAAGUUCUGCAGGAGGCACUGGACAUCUCGUUGAGCGCGCAUUUUUGGACGGAUUCGACGUGUGUUCUCAGCUGGCUUGACGCGAUUCCAACAACGUGGGCCACUUUCGUCGCGAAUCGAGUUUCCAAGAUCCAAACGAUCACGGAGGGACAUCAAUGGAAGCACGUUCCAGGUGUGCAGAAUCCAGCAGAUCUGAUAUCCAGAGGAAUCAUGCCAAAUGACAUCGUAGACAAUCUUCUCUGGUGGAACGGACCACCAUGGUUAGCGUUGGGACGGGAGCAUUGGCCAAACUCAACAGCUACAGUGGCACACGAUGAAGUUGAGACGGAGCGUCGACACACAGCAGUGGCGAUCGUUGCAUCAAACCUGCAAGAGUUUACUGAUUAUUAUUUGUCCAAGUUUGAAACUUACCCUAUUUUGAUACGAAGAACAGCAAUCUGGUUGCGCUUGAUGAAGAAUCUGCCUUUACCGGAUGAGGAGCGGUCCAGGGGUUUCAUCACUUCUGCAGAGUUGAGGCAGGCUGAGUAUGUGCUCAUUCGUCGUGUGCAGAAAGAAGUGUUUGCUGAAGAAUGGAAGGCCCUGUCAGCAAGUCAGCCGCUGCCGAAGAAAUCCCCGCUUCGCUGGUACCAUCCGUACAUCGAUCGUGAUCAAAUUCUGCGGGUCGGUGGGCGAUUGACGCACUCGGAGGAAGGAGAAGAAACGAAACAUCCAGCUGUUCUGCCUGCUCGUCACCAGCUCACACGCAUGAUUCUUCAACACUAUCACAUGCGGCUGCUCCACGCUGGCCCACAACUACUACUCGAUCGGUACCUGCAAGCGCUGCGGAGGUUCAUAGGUCGCCGUGGCAGACCCGCAGAGAUCUGGUCCGAUAACGGAACAAAUUUUGUUGGUGGUAAAAAUCGGCUUCAAGAACUGUUCGCUUUGAUGAAAGACUCGGAGCACAAAGAGAAGGUCGCUAAGGAGUUUGCUGAUCAAGGCAUUCGUUGGAUUUUCAGCCCACCAAGCGCACCACACUUUGGCGGUUUGUGGGAGGCCGCUGUACGAUCAGCAAAACAUCAUCUGCUACGAGUGUUGGGGGAGGAAACUUUAGCCAUCGAAGACAUGACAACUUUGUUGGUUCAGGUCGAAAGUUGCAUGAAUUCUCGCCCAAUCACACAAUUGUCAGACGACCCAAACGAUUUGGAACCCCUAACACCUGGACACUUCCUCGUAACUUCUUCGCUGCAGUCUUUGCCGGAUCCAAGCUACCUCGACGUGCCCACGAACCGACUCAACUACUGGCAGCAGGUUCAACGCAAGGUCCAAGAAUUCUGGAGACGUUGGAAACGCGACUAUUUGUCGCAACUUCAGAGCAGAACUAAACGUUUGUAUGCAGCAGUCCCAAUUGAAGUUGGCCGGCUAGUAGUCGUGGUGGACGACAACCUGCCACCAAUACGAUGGAAGCUCGGCAGAAUACACACGGUACAUCCCGGGGACGAUGGGGUUGUACGGGUGGUCACGCUGAAGACGGCUUCGGGAUUCCUGAAACGCCCGGUGGAAAAGUUAUGCUUAUUACCACGUCAGGAUGAACAGCCAACAACAGACUCUACAGAGGAAAAAUGA